GGCGCUAUUAAACGGUUGCAGGCGGAGCGGGCGGGUUGUGAUCGUCCCGGCUCCCAGGCCCUCGCCGCUGCGUUCGCCCGCUCGCUCGUAUCCCGUGACGCCAAGCCGGCUACAACUUCCUCUUCGUCUCCGCCUGCAGCUGUGUCGUUGUGACUCUGCCACCAUGUUCGAGGCGCGCCUGGUCCAGGGCUCCAUCCUGAAGAAGGUGCUGGAGGCGCUUAAGGAUCUCAUCAACGAGGCCUGCUGGGACAUCAGCUCGAGCGGCGUAAACCUGCAGAGCAUGGACUCCUCCCACGUCUCCCUGGUGCAGCUCACUCUGCGCUCCGAGGGCUUCGACACGUACCGCUGCGACCGCAACUUGGCCAUGGGUGUGAACCUCACCAGCAUGUCCAAAAUACUAAAAUGUGCUGGCAAUGAAGACAUCAUUACACUAAGGGCUGAAGAUAAUGCGGACACCUUGGCACUAGUAUUUGAAGCUCCAAAUCAAGAAAAAGUUUCAGACUAUGAAAUGAAGUUAAUGGAUUUAGAUGUUGAACAACUUGGAAUUCCAGAACAAGAAUAUAGCUGUGUGGUAAAGAUGCCUUCUGGUGAAUUUGCACGUAUAUGUCGAGAUCUGAGUCACAUCGGAGAUGCUGUUGUAAUUUCCUGCGCAAAAGAUGGAGUGAAAUUUUCUGCAAGUGGAGAACUAGGAAAUGGAAAUAUCAAGUUGUCACAAACAAGUAAUGUCGAUAAGGAGGAGGAAGCUGUUACCAUAGAGAUGAAUGAGCCAGUUCAGCUAACUUUUGCACUGAGAUACUUGAACUUCUUUACAAAAGCCACUCCGCUCUCUCCUACAGUAACACUCAGUAUGUCUGCAGAUGUACCCCUUGUUGUAGAGUAUAAAAUUGCUGAUAUGGGACAUUUAAAGUACUACUUGGCUCCCAAGAUUGAGGAUGAAGAAGGAUCUUAGAUAUUUUUCUUAAAAUCCAAGAAAAUAAAAUUAAGCUCUUUAAGAACUGCUUCUGAGAUGCCUACAUGUACUUACGUUUCUUCUGUCAUCAAAUUUGUGCCUCUGAGUACAUAUGUAGAUAUUUUCUGUAAAUAACCUAUUUUUUCUUCAUCCUUUACAAUUUGUUUAAAGAAUAAAGUCAAAUCUGGACUUGUUAACCUAGAAAUAUUUCUGCCUUACCUAAAAAGUUCUCGUGAUUUUCAUAACAAAAGGGUUUUGACUCUAAAUGCAGUUUAAAUAAUUUUUUUCAAUUUAAAUAAAGGUUAUUUGAAUUUCAAAUAUCAGAAGACCGUGCCUUCAUUUGGACUGUUGCAAGUAUCCUAGGGAAUUCAGUUCAAGCUACCCUUUCAUGUAAAUGAAGUAUUCCAAAUACAGUAGGUGACCAGAUAUUUUUGGGGAUUCACCUGUCAAACUUAUUUUGGUAUUCUAACUUGAAUUCAAGAAAUGGAACAGGAGAGUAGACCAAACCCUAUAUAUUUUUUUAGCAAAAACUAACACUUUUUUCAGAAGCUUUUUGUAUCCAAAGCUGUGGGCUUUAGAAGACUAGCAUUGCUAUAGGCCAGUGUUUCUUUAGCCUAGGGAGCCUUUUAAAAGAAUCUUGAAAGAUUUAGUAGAUUUGAUAGGGCCCAAGCAAUAUGUUUGUGCAAAAAUAAUUUUUCUAGUAUAAAUAGCCUUUUUUGGGACUAGUAGUUGUGAAACAGACGAAGUGUUACUAAUUGUGUCACAAACUGGCAUAGUACACGUUGAGAAUUGCUUCAUUAAAGUCCUUUAUCCCAGUGUAUUUUGUGCUGGUGGUUUAAAUGACAGGUUUCUUUGUUGUAAUACCUGGACUGAGUUCUAGUUACUGGACCUUCUGUGUGCCUGGGGGUGGGGAAGGACAUUGGCUGCCGAGGGGCCUGACGGGUUUUGGGAGUGAUGUAACUUAUAUGACUGGUGAUGGUUCCAAGACUGUAUGCACUUCUCAAACUCAUCCAAUUGUACUUUAUUGUAUGUAAAUUAUACUUUAAUAAAUCUGACAUUUACAAAGCUUCA